AUGGACUCUGACUCUCAAGAAGGAAAACCAAGUAGAAGAAAAAUUCUUCAAAGGCAAAACCAGGAAAUUAAAGCUUUAAAAGAGGAAUGGAAGAAGGCACUUGCUAGUUGCAAUAAGAAGGGAUCUAAAAAAGAGCUUGACAAAGAAUACAAUUCAAAAAUUGAAUCACUGCAACUAUCCCAUAAGAUGGAGUUAUUGAAGCUCUCUAGUGAAAAUAAUACAGAACAAGAAGAGGAAUUAAUAAAAACGCUUGAAAAAAAGAAUGAAGUUACAGUUCAUAACAAUACAAAUAAGAAACCGAGUUUGUUGGAAAAACUUGAAACUCUCAACGAAAUUCCUUCUCUAUACUCCAAUGCAAGUUUUCAAAUGACUAAGAGUGAGAAGCGAAAAAAGAAGAAGCAAAAAGAACUUGAACAGAGAUACAUGAAAAAUUUAGAAGAAUGUGCACUUAACAAUGAUAGAAAAGGCGAAAUUGAACUUGAAGUAAUCAAUAAAAAGCUUAAAGAAAUGAAUUUGAAGAUUUUUAAUAUUAGUGCAGAUGGAAAUUGUCUUUUUGGCUCGAUUAAACAUCAACUGGAAGUCAAAAAUAAAGGGCUAUACUCAAUAAAAGAAUUAAGAAGUAUUGCAGUUGACUAUAUUGAAUCAAAUAAACAGACUAUGGAGCCUUUUGUUCUAGCCUCUGUUGAGAAUACAGACAUAACAUUUGAAAAUUAUUGUGAUAAUAUUAGAAGCACUAAUGAAUGGGGUGGCGAAGUUGAAUUGGUUGCUCUUUCUAACUCUUUAAAAGUCCCCAUUACUGUGAUUAGGGCAUUAAAUCAUAGAAAUGAGUCGUAUGGUGAACAAUUCUAUCAAGAGGAUGAAAGCAAUAAUUUUAAUGGAAAUACUUUAUAUAUAGUUUAUCAUAUUCAUUUAUUUGCAAGUGGUCCACAUUACAAUUCAACAGUUAGUAUUUAA